GAUGGUUACUGGUUCUUUUGUACAAGUUUCUAUACAUUCAUUCAUUCUCAAUCUGUUGAUGAUUGUGCCGAUUCAUCUCGGGUGAAUGCUCAAAACGAAGCUGUAUCUUAUAUCCGUAAAAAGACAAGGUUUGGACUAGAAUUUUUUGAGUUGACUAUCCGAUUCAGUAAAGUUGAAUUGCUUGCCACAUCCGGCUUUUAUGGUCCUAUUGAAGGCCACACCAUCACCGCGUUUUUUGGGUCCUCGAUUUGA